AUGGCUGAUUCGAUUGAUUUUCUUUUUUCUAAUAGUCAACUAGCAUUUAUUCCAGAUUCAAAAGAAGGUUUUAUAUUAGCAGAAAUACUUCCAUGUCUUGAAAAUGAACUUGUUAAAUUAAAAGUUUGUGAUACAAAUGAAGAAAGAGAAUGUCAUCUUGAUAAGAUUUUACCAGCAGAUAAUGAAAUCAACAUUGACUAUGAUGAUCAUUGUGCAAUGAAAUUUUUAAAUUCAGGAUCAUUGUUACAUAAUUCAAAGAACAGAUUCAUGAAGAACAAAAUUUAUACAUAUGUUGCAAACAUAUUAAUUUCCAUCAAUCCAUAUAAAUCAAUUUCUGAAUUGUAUACUUCAAAAACUAUUCAUGAAUAUUCUGGAAAAAGUUUAGGUGUAAUGCCACCACAUAUAUUUGCAAUUGCAGAAAAAGCAUAUAAUGAAAUGCGUCGUUAUAAGUUAAGUCAGUCUAUAGUUGUUUCUGGUGAAUCAGGUGCAGGUAAAACAGAAUCACAGAAACAAAUUUUGCGUUACAUAUGCGAGAGUUGGGGAAUAUCAGCAGGAAACAUUGAACAAAGGAUAUUAGAGACUAAUCCUAUUUUAGAAGCUUUUGGAAAUGCUAAAACGAUAAGAAACAAUAAUAGUUCUCGGUUUGGAAAAUUCGUUGAAAUACAUUUUGAUCAAAACAAUCAUGUUACUGGAGGAUAUGUUUCUCAUUAUUUAUUAGAAAAAUCUAGAAUUGUAUUACAAUCAAAUGAAGAAAGAAAUUACCAUAUUUUUUAUCAAUUAUUAGCUGGUGCUUCAGAUGAAUGGAUAAAAGAAUUUUGUCUUGGAAGCAUUGGAAGUUAUAAUUAUCUUAAAAAUGGAGUUCAACAAUUUUUUACUACUUCAGAGGAUUAUGAAAAAAUUCCUAAUUCAAGUAAAUCAUCAAAAAAUUUCUUAUCAGAUGCCAUGAUAAAUGAUUAUGCUGACUACAAAAAACUUAUUUCAGCGCUACAUGGGAUUGGUUUUGAUGAUAUGAAAAUAAAAAACAUUUUUCAAACAAUUGCUGGUAUUCUUCAUCUUGGUAACAUAAAAUUUGAAGAAAAUAAUGAAGGAAAUAGAGGAGGUUGUUCUGUGACUCUUGAUUCUUUAGAAUCACUUUCUCAUGGAUCUAGAUUACUUGGAAUUGAAGAAGAUACACUUAAAAUUGAAUUAACAGCAAGAUUAAUGCAAGCAACAAGAGGUGGGGUUAAAGGAACAGCAAUAAUGGUUCAAUUAAAACCAAAUGAAGCAUGUAAUGCAAGAGAUGCAUUAGUUAAAAAAAUCUAUGGAAAAUUAUUUGAUGAAAUUGCUAGUUCAAUUAAUAAAUGUAUGCUUUUUAAUGAUAGCAAAAAUUUCAUUGGUGUUUUGGAUAUUGCAGGAUUUGAAUUUUUCAAAAGAAAUUGCUUUGAACAAUUUUGUAUAAAUUAUUCAAAUGAAAAAUUACAACAAUUUUUCAAUGAUAGAAUAUUAAAACAAGAACAAGAAUUAUAUGAUAAAGAAGGACUUGAAGUUGAAAAAAUUCAAUUUUCUGAUAAUUUAGAUUGUAUACAAGUUCUUGAAGGUAAAGGAACAGGUAUUAUUGAUUUGCUUAAUGAAGAGAUGAGACUUCCCAAACCAUCAUAUGGACAUUUCACUGAAUCUAUUUUACAAAGACAUUGUGAUAAUUUUAGAAUUGAAAUUCCAAGAAAAUCAUCCGUCAAAGAACAUAGAAAUAUUAAAAAUGAUGAAGGUUUUAUAAUGAGACAUUUUGCCGGUAGUGUUUGUUAUGAGACAAAAUAUUUCUUAGAAAAGAAUAAUGAUAGUCUUCAUAUGUCAUUAGAAUUAAUAUUAGAAACAAGUAGUAAUCCUAUUCUCAAGUUGUUGUUUAAAUCAGAACAAAAAUCAAAUAAUAAUCAACCUCAAAUAAAGUCUUCUAAACUUUCUUCACCAUCAGUAAGUAGUAAAUUUAAAAAUCAAUUAGAUGAAUUACUUAAUAAACUUAAAAAAACAGGAACUCAUUUUGUUAGAUGUCUUAAACCAAAUUCAGAAAUGGUUUCUAAUAAAUUUGAUGGUCAACAAAUAUUAAAUCAACUUAGUUGUAGUGGUAUGAUAAAUGUUCUUGAAUUGAUGCAAGAAGGAUUUCCUUCAAGAGCUGUAUUUCAAGAACUAUAUGAUAGUUAUAAAAAUUUGUUACCAGAAAAAUUGAAAAAUUUAGAACCAAGAAUAUUUGCUAAAUGUCUUUUCAAUGUUAUCGGAAUCAAGGAUAAUGAUUAUAAAUUUGGACUGACAAAAGUUUUCUUUAGACCUGGAAAAUUUGCUGAAUUUGAUAGACUUAUGCGUCAAGAUACAGAUGAAAUGAAAUAUUUAGUUAGUAAAAUACAAUGUUUUCUUAAUAAAUCUCGUUGGAAUUGUGGAAUUUAUUCUGUUAUUGCUCUUAACAGAUUAAAUAAAAAAAUAAUUCAUAAAAGAACAUAUAUUAUAAAAGUUCAAGCUUAUGUAAGAGGAUUUUUAGUAAGAAAAAAUUACAAACCUAUCUUAAAAUUAUACUCAAAUACAAAAAAGAUUGAAAAUAGUUUAUCAAGUUUAUAUAACUUGAUUGAAAAACUUGAAGGUUCUAAAAAAGAAAAAUGGGCAAAUAAAGUUGAAGAAUUUGAGAAAUCAAUCAAAGAAUUCAUAAAUAUAUUAAUUACAGAUGAUAUAAAAGUAUUAAAAAGUAAAGUAUCCUUUUUUGAUGAUUUAAAAAAACAAUUUGAUACUAUUAUCAAAGAGAUAACAGAUGAAAUUACAGAAAUAGAAACAAGAAAAGAAAAAGAGGAAGAAGAAAGACGUAUCAAAGAAUUAGAGAGAAUAAAAAUGGAAAUGGAAGAGAAAGAGAAAGAGAAAGCUGAAAAGGAAAAAGAAUUAGCUAUACAAAAAAAACGUGAAAUGAAAAAUAUAGAAUUAGAGGAAGAACGUAAAUUACUUGAGGAAGAAAAACAACUUCGUCAACGUCUACAAGAAAUAGAACAAAAGCACAAGAAAUUAUCAACAGAAACUACUUUGUCGACAGUCUCAGAACAGAAGAAAUUAGAUUCAAUUAUGACAAAUGCCUUUACUUCUUCUGAAAAAACAGAAUUAAUUAAUAAUAAAAAGGAACAAAAAUCUUUAUCUGAAUCCGUAGAAACAAUGAUUGAUGAAAAUGCUGAUAUUGAAGAAAUUAUUUUAAAUCUUCAUAAGCUUAAAUAUGAAAUACUUAGAAACACAAUCAACACUUCAAAAAAUAAAAAAAUUGUAAUGGCAUGUCGUGCAGAAUUUCAUCGCCGUCUUCAUCAAUUCCAAAAUUGGAAAAAUAAAAAUCAGACGAAGAUAAAAAAUUCCACACCUUCUAAAUAUUUUUAA